CUAGUUCGGAAUUAAGGUUUAGUCGUAUUGGUAUACUUACAUAAAGUCGGAGUCUUUUUCAUUUGUUUAGAGAUCUAUAUGUCCUUGGAGAAUGUAGAAAUCCUUACUGAGUGUGAAUGGGUAUUGAGAAUUCAUAAGGGCAAUCUGAUUAGUUUAGGAUUGAGGAGUUAUUGUUGUUGUUCUCGUAUAUGACAAUGAAAAAAAAAUAGAAAGGGGUGUAAAAGAUUGGAUUUUAUCAUCAGAUUGUGAUUUUUUCAGAAAUUGCAAAGAUUGCAAUGGACACUAUUAAACAAGAGAAAGUAAGGAGAUUUGAGGAGUUUAUUGAUCGCCGUCUGAAACCAGAUCUUGUUCAUGCAAUUGCUGAACGGGACAAAGUCUUUGAACAACAAAAUUUUUUCUCUGAUUUAAGAAGUAAUUUAGAGAAUUUGGUGAAGAACAGUGUAACUAAUCUGAAGACAUUGGUUAAUAUUGGCUCGGAAGUAUACGUGCAAGCUGAUGUUCCAGAUACAACACACAUAUUUGUUGAUGUCGGACUUGGAUUUCAUGUGGAGUUCACUUGGUCGGAAGCUCUAAAUUAUAUUUCAGCAAGGGAGGAGAAAUUGGCCAGGCAAAUAGAGGAAUAUACACGUCUAAUCGCAUCAAUUAAAGUGCAGGUCAAGAUGGUUUGUGAAGGGAUACGUGAGUUGCUCCAGCUUCCAGAAGAGCUAGCUUACUAAGAUGUAUACGUCUUAAAUUGAGAGAGGGAAUUGUUCAAAUUUACUGUCCAAGGAAUGGAGAUAUAUUUUGUUGAGAUACAGUAACAUGGACAUUUAUAAUUUGUAGUAUGUCUUUUUUUCCUUUUAGUAUAGAACAAGAAAGCUUUUAGUCAUCGAGUUAGGCCGAAUGUGUAUUUCUUAUCAUAAUGCCAAAUAUUUAUUUAUGAUAUUAGAGACAAAUUUAUUUCAA